AUGGAGCACCACGGUUCAACUUUCCAAGGCCUCCCCCGCCCCGCCCCCGGCGACACCGACCUCGGCGAGGUCGACAUCCACGACAUCAACAAGGUCCUGCUCCUGCGCGUGCUCUACAACAACGCCCGCCUGGUCACCCCAAUCUCCCGGCCCUUCGACUUCGACCUCGCCCGCCAGGUCAUGGCCACCCCUAUCCUCACCACCGACCUGCCCGACGUCCGAUCCUGGCUCUCCAUCUCCACCUUCUGCGGCCGCGUCAUCGGCGUCGCCUUCACCAGGACCACCGCCCAGGGCUGGAUCUACGAUCAGCUGAAUGGGGCGGGUGCGUUCGAGCACGCGGUGCACCGCGCGAGGCAGUUGACCGGUGAGUCGGCUAGGUGGCUCGGGGGUGCGGUGCCAGAUCGGGAGAGGGAGUUGGAGGGGACGCCGCCGCCGCCGUAUCGUGAGAGGGAGAACUGA